CCCUGGUAUGGACAUUCCACCUUGAACUCCAGGUGAGGCGACAAGGUCCUUCUCUCCUCCCAGGCAGACCCAGGAGAAGAUCUGCCUGACAGACCCACAGAAUGCUCAACGAGGUCAACGGGACUGAGCCCUGAGCAGAGGGCAACCUCCCCGAAGCUUCUACCUCUGGAUAGGCUUAACAUGAACUCCCGCCGUCCCAGUCCACCGGGAUCCUGAAGUCCCACGCAACUGGAGGGCGCCCGCUUGGGGAAGGCCGGAGUAGGCAACCGAGAGGUUGGAGUGCGCUUGCCUUUCAAUACCCGGAGAAGCGCGCCCCUGAACCUCGCGAGUGCAUUUCCUACAAACUCCCCUACGUAGUAGCGCUGUCUCCAGGGUCCAUCCCUUGCAAAGCAUCUCGCGCAGGGAAAGAAGGAAGGAGGGAGGGACGCGCUGGCCCGGAGCGCACGGCGGAGAUCACCGGGGGGCCCGGCUUGUUGGGUGGAGAAGCCCACGAGGCGUAUCUCGGGCCCGGAGUCACCAAUCCCCAGCGAGGAGGGCUCACCGCCUCUCCGCCCAGCUACAUAAGCGACCCUCCCGACGCGCGGGGAACCUAAAGCGCACGGGCUUGCCAAACUUUGCGCGGAGAGCCCGGGCGCCCCUUUGCGCGCCAGCAAGGCUCAUGCAGAGCGCCCAGCAGUGCCUUUCCCCCCGCGCCCGCCCGCCGCGGCUGCCGCUGCCCGCAGAUGGGGGCGGCGGAGCCACCCUGGACCCCCCUUCCAAGCAGUUGACUUCGUUUCUCAUCCAGGACAUUCUGCGCAAAGGCGACGCGCGGGAGACUUCCAGCGCGGAGCCGAAGGCAGGAAAGGCGUCGCGCCCGCCUCGUUCCCACGGAGCUUCUCCCGGGGAGACCAGCUCGAGCCGCCUCCUCCCUCUCGGGCCCCCCCGAGCCUCCGAGACGGACGCGACAGAUCCAGAUGUCCAUCAGCCAAACUGUGAGCGUCCCUCCAAAUCCUUCCUGAGAGUCCCCAAACAGCUGAAGCGUUCACGGGCAGCCUUCUCCCACAGCCAGGUUCUUGAACUUGAGAGGAAGUUCAGCCACCAGAAAUACCUGUCUGCUCCUGAACGAGCUCACCUUGCCAAGAAUCUGAAGCUCACCGAAACCCAAGUGAAGAUCUGGUUCCAGAACAGAAGAUAUAAGACCAAGAGGAAGCAACUGGCAUCUGAACUUGGAGAACUUGAGAAGAACUCGCCUCUCCCAGUCUUCAGAGAGAACCAUUUCUCUAGGGCUACCCUAGCACUUUCCGUCUACCACACCUAUCAGUACAAUCCAUAUUUAUGUUAUCUGAAUGGCUGGAGCCCAAUCUUUUGGUAAAUAAUGCUGUCAAUGACCCAGGUCGCUCAGGGAUGUGUAUGUCCCCUGCUAACUCUGCUACCACCAAACCGAUUGCCCAGGUAGACUUUGCAGAGAGAUUUGGUCAAUCUGUUUCUUCCUCCACUUCCGGGUCACUGCAGGGUGUCCUCUUCUCACUAUCCAUGUUGAGGGAUUGUCCAAAGAGCAAUCAUGAAAGCAGUAAGGUGGUUCUCUCUAUUUUCUCAAUGCUAGGCAAUCACACACGCCCGUUAACAUAUCGUGAAAGAAUUGUGGCAUCCUGACAAAGGCAUUCAAACACGAAAGCCCAAAGCACCCCUUUCCAGAAUAAACUAAAAACUCUGGAGAAUGGUAAUAACAAAGAUACCAGAUUUCAGCCCUGGUUAGUUAGGCAGGAUCAGACAACCUAGCAGUUAUCAGUCUCAACGAAGGAUAGCAUUUGAAGCUCAGGUGAAAUGAGGUGUCCUUGGUGCUCUCUGGUUUUCUUGCAAGUGUUUCAUUACCCAAACGAGGUGACAUCAUCAGUGCUAGUUAUCAGUCCUUUUUAGACUUGAACCUCCACCUUAAAUGCAAUUUGGCCUAUAAGGACCCUCUUCCUUUUAAACUGAAUCUUGUUCAGUGGAUAUGCUUUUCUAGAACACCAUCUGAAAGAGGCAGAUAAAUGGGUUGGAGAAUGCUGACCAGGUUCUCAAGGGGUACAAUGUAGUUAGCUUGGUUUCAAUAUGGAGUUCAUUUGUAGAUAUUUUUCAGGCUGUAGGCUGUCUCCCCAUUGUGGCAUCCAUUACAAUCAUCUGAAACCUCAGAUUGUGCAUCCCUGAUUUCAUGUAUUGGAUGAACCAUUAUGGUGUACAGGCCAUGGUAGGUAGUCUCUUGUAAAAUGUGAAUCUAGACAAUCAUGGUGUACUCAAAAAACGAUGCACAAAACAAUCCCUGGUACAGCUUAAGGUGUGAACCCAGUCCUUGUACAUCUGGAACUUCAUGAAUUUACUACCAGACAUAGUAGAAAAUUUGGGGUUUCUUUGAUUUGGUAUAAGACAAGUUUCCAUUUUUGUGUCUUGCUGCUUUAUAGUUUAAAUUAGUCUAGGUUCUGGUAGCUUCUAAACAGCUUCUCAUAAACAUAUCAUCCCAAUGGGGAGAUUGCAUGGGCUGAAAUGACCCUGGAAAAGAUUUAGGGUGUUGUGUGAAACAGCCAAUCUAAUGCCUGUCAAAGGUAGAAUGCCUCCCUGUGCUUUCAUCUAAGCCACAACUAGCUGUUCACGUUGUUCGGUGGCACUUCUGGUUUCUGAACUCUAAAUUCCCUCAUUUAGUAGAUGGAUACAUAAGUCAGGGCGAGCUUUUCUUGUACAAUCCUAACAUGGUGUCCUUCAAGCAUGAGGAUUCAUCAAACUGCUUCCGUGCGAGUAGAACAUCACCUGGCAUCAUUUUUGAAUGAAGUGCCACUUGAGGUUGGUGGUCUGUGGUGUUGAAGGGAUCCUGGGUGAUGAUGCAUCAGCAGAGUGCCCAGGUUCCCUUCUCUGGAAGCCGAUGAAAUUGUUUCUUUAAAUAAACAUCUUUUGGCGGUGUUACUCUAAAUAAAUAUCUUUUCGGGUGCAAGGCAGAGUGUGCAUCUCCUUUUGAUUCCAAGCAGGAAGAAAUGGGAUUCAGCUUUUAGAAGGUGAUGGAUAUACUGAGACAAGCAUUUUUUUCUAGUUUCUGGAUUAAGGUGAGCAAUCUUCCUUACUAUGAGUCCAGUGACUUAAUUUUCCAGGUUGAAUAGCACUGCUACAGUAAUUAUUGUGAGGAAGGGGGCUGAAGAAAAUUGGACAUUCUCUCUGUGCAUUAUUAAUUUACUUCUGGGAAUAUGGGCAACUUAUAUUCAAUUUCAAGGUGUUUCAGGGCUUGGUAAAAAGAGAUUCCAAAGCCACAUACUCAUUGAAUUAGGUAGGGCCACCCUGAGACCAUCAAGUCCAAUUCCUUCCUCAGAUUCAAAUAUCCAUGACUGAGCUGCCAGGAACAUAAACUUAAUUAUCAUGUCCACUGCCUAAUUACUCUUAUUAGGAGGGGUUUUUUCUUAAUACUUAACUGGAAUCUUCCUUCUUUAAAGUUGAAAAACCAUCUUUCCAUGCUUUUCCUUAAGAUGCUGUCAAAUGCAAUCACUUUAUCUCAUUUGUGGAUUUUAUAGCAGAUCCAGAUGAUGAUCAUAUAUCCCGUUUGAAAUUCUCAUCCCUCUCCUGAUUGCUUUGUGUUUUGUUUUUUUCUUUCCACACAAACCAAAUAAUAAUCCAGUCAGGAAAUUUCUGUGUUUUUUUUUCUAUAGAUGUUUUGACAUGAAAUAAUCUCUAUGAGGAAUGGGGUGGGGAAGACAGGAGAAAUGUAAUGCAAGCUUCUCAUGUUGUGUUUUUGAACCACUUUACAAACUAUGCAAAUUCAUCUAUCCAUUAAAAAAAACUAAACACCAA